AUGUUCGCGCGGAGCUCGACAUCCAGCAUCCGGAGCUUCCAACCCUCGGUAUGCAACCAAUGCAGACGCUCCUUUACGUCGGGCCAGCUCUUCCAGAGCGGGCACAACCGCUGGUCCAAGAUUCGCCAUGACAAGGGCGCGGCCGAUGCCAAGAAGAACCGGCUCCGGAGCACCUUCAGCCAGAACAUCACCAUCUUUUCCAAGUGGGGCGGCGCGAACCCGGACAACAACCCGCAGCUGGCCUCGGCCGUGGCCGCCGCCAAGAAGGCCGGGGUGCCCAAGGCGACGAUCGAGACGGCCAUCGCGCGGGGCCAGGGCCGGACCACGAGCGGCCAGAGCCUCGAGAGCGUGACGUACGAGGUCAUGAUGCCGCCCUCGGUGGCCAUCAUCCUCGACGUCGAGACGGACAACAUCAAGCGUGCGCUGCAGGACCUCGGCAUCAUGGUCAAGCGGGCCAAGGGCAACCCCACGCCGACAAAGUUCUUCUUCUCGCGCAUGGGCCGGGUCGUGUUUGAGAAGGCGGACGGCGUGGGGCCGGACGAGAUCAUGGACGACGCGAUCGAGGCCGGCGCCGAGGACAUCGAGGCCGACGACGAGGGCAACAUCAUCGUCUGGACCCAGCCCAACCAGACGAACCAGAUCGCGCAAAACGUGGGGCCCAAGUUCAACCUCAAGGUGCUGGCCGCCGAGAUCCUCUGGUCCGUCAACGAGGAGACCCGGUCGAAAGUUGGCACAAACCAUGAGUUUGAGAAGCUCCGAGAUCUUCUCGCCGGGUUCCAAGACUCUCCCGAGGUGCAAGCAGUCUACUGCAAUGUAGAGCAGGGCGAGCUCACGGACGAACAGUGGGAGUCCCUUGAGGACAACAUAGACGGAUAG